AUCAGACCCAAGCAUAAACAACGAAACAUUUCAGUGCUUUUUCAAGUAGGAGGUAAAUAAAUGCAUAGCAUGAACACAUUUGAACAGGGAGGGCUGUAAACUCUAUGUUACUUGGAUUUUCUUGACCUCAAAGGUUCAUUGUUGUGGUUAGACAGUUGAGUGAUUGUGUUUGUUGAAUGAGUAUUGAAAAUAAGUGCUAGAAAAUGACUACUGAAGAUAGCUUAAGGCAUAAACUCCAUAAGAAACUUAAACUUUCUACUGGGAAGUCUAAGAAUUCCAAGGAAGAGAAUAAAAAGGCUCAACGUACUGUGGACGAUGAUAAAUUCCGCAAGAAAGAGAAUGGCGGGAAGAGGAACUUGAAGUCGAGCGGUAAAGAUAAAAAAUUUAGGAGAGGUCAGGAAGGGAGUGAUGAAGAAGGUUUUACCAAGGGAAGGUUUAAACCUGUAAAUUUUGAUAGGAAAAGGAAGAGAAUUUACACGGACAAAAAUAUGGGUGGGGAUAUGAUGAUAUAUGACAAUGAAGAGGUAGACAAUAAGAAAGCCUUAUCUAAGAAGGGUAUGAGUAGGGUCAAAAGUAAUUUUGUUAAAGAAAAAAAUGGUGACAAAUCUCGUACAAUGUGGGUUUCCAGUAAGAAAAAGGAUGCCACUUCUGAGACUAAACGUUUUUCUUCCAAAAUUAAGGAUGUGGUGGAGACUGCACAAGUGUCCACUAGACAGAGAGGUAAGGAAAAGGAAGCAGAAAAAGUGGAUCGUGGUAGGAAUGUUUCAUCGAAGCAACUAACCACAAGCAAAUCUGUCUCAAAUAAGAACUUGGAUGCAAGUCGGAACAAGUACUCAGAUGCGUCUCUCUUGAAUUCCUCGAAGAAAACAGUUAGAAACAAGAAAGGUUUCAAUGAUGAUUCAGAUGCUCUAGAUGAUCAGCCAAAGAAGAAAAAGCGGGUGAUUCGGAUAGAUCCGUACGACAUCUCAAAUAAGCGGCUAGAUGACUGCAUAAUUGUUGAGGAGAGUGCUAAAGAGAAGAAAAAAGAUUUGAAGAAAGAUGCUGAAAUGUCAAAGAAUGCACAAUUUCGUGCGAUACAACCCAGUCCCUCAAUCCUUUCCUUUGUGGAAGAUAAUUUGUUGGGCCGUAGACGCUUAAUUGAGCUGCGGAGAGCCGGAUAUAACAUUGAGCUUUCUGUGCCCUUAGAUAAUGUUCCCUUCUCAGCUAGUUCCGAGAGAGAGAGAAUUGAAGACCAUAUUUUUAGGAAUAAAUUGACAUUUUUCGCUGCUGCAAAGGUUUCAUCAUCAUUUCCCGCUCCUGAUCUUCCAGAGAUUGCAUUUGCAGGAAGGUCAAAUGUUGGGAAGUCAUCGCUGCUUAAUGCACUAACCCGACAAUGGGGUGUUGUACGGACAUCAGACAAGCCAGGCCUCACUCAGACAAUUAAUUUCUUCCAACUGGGAACAAAACUCUGCUUGGUUGAUUUGCCUGGAUAUGGGUUUGCUUAUGCAAAGGAGGAAGUUAAAGAUGCUUGGGAGGAACUUGUAAAGGAGUAUGUUUCCACCAGAGUUGGUCUAAAACGAGUAUGCCUUCUUAUCGACACAAAAUGGGGCAUGAAGCCAAGAGAUCAUGAACUUAUUGAUUUAAUGGAAAGAUCUCAAACUAAAUACCAGAUUGUAUUAACUAAGACAGAUACUGUGUUCCCAGUUGAUGUGGCACGCCGCGCAAUGCAAAUUGAAGAGAACCUCAAGGCAAACAAGUCUAUUGUUCAACCUGUGAUGAUGGUAAGCUCGAAAUCUGGAGCAGGUAUUCGAAGCUUCAGAACAGUGCUUUCUAAGAUCGCUCGGUUUGCCAAACUCUAGGUGUUACUAAG